AUGGGCCUGAAGAAGUACUUGAUCGAGGAGAUCCGGGAUUUGACACAGGAAGAGGCUAGAGUGUUCGGAUCCAUUGCCACGAAUUACGAAGUGGAUCAGCUGGAUCUACUCUUCUAUUGUCCGACAUCUAAGGAAACGGCCGCAGAUCGGGAUAAGCUAAUGCGACUAGUGAUGCCUGAGACGCUCCAACAGGACAUUCUGCACCACUACCAUACGAGCCUACAGGGAGGCCACCAAGGGGUCGGCCGCACCUAUGACCGAAUCCGUGAUCACUUCCACUGGAGGGGUCUGUAUAAGAGUGUACAACGAUAUGUGGGGGAAUGCGUCGACUGUGGAACGGUUAAGGGAAGACCUCGGAUCCAGGGCGAGUCGCCUGGUAACCUUCAGGCAACGUACCCAUUUCAGAUCAUUGCCAUGGAUCAUAUACCCUCGCUGCCUAGAUCCUUCAAGGGCAAUACCGAACUGCUGGUUUUCGUGGAUCUAUUCACAGGAUCCGUGAUCACCAAAGCUAGCGCCUCUAGAUCCGCUCAAACAAUCGCCGAGACUUACGAAGAAUGUGUAUUUCUCCGAUUUGGCGCGAGCGAGGUGAUCCGACAUGAUCGGGAGCCGGGCUUCAUGUCUGACUUCUUUAAGUCGUUCAACAAGAUCCUGGGACAACGGCAACGUGCUACUAUGGCAUAUAGACCCCAAGCCAACGGAUCAGCGGAGCGCAUGGUCCAGACAACUACCAGAGCUCUUAAGAUGUACGUGGAAGAUCUGGAUCAACGAGAUUGGGACGAGUACGCUGAACGACUCACCUUCGCGAUUAACACCGCAAGGGAUCGGAUCCGAGGAGAAACGCCUUUCUAUAUGAUACAUGGCUGGGAUCCUAGAUCUACGCUGGAGGCUGUGAUCCCAGUGGGAAGUACUCGCAAGCACGAUCGAGAUCCAAGAAGGUGGCGAUAUCAAAUGCAGAAGUAUUACCAGCAGGUCAGAGAACAGGUGAACCAACGCUUAAGAGAAGCGAUCGCGGAUCGAGCCGAUACGCAUAACGAUCUAGCACGACCACACCCUGUAGAAUCUGGAUCAAGGGUCUGGCUAUAUCUAGAUCGCGUGUGUGAAGGUUAUGCGAAAAAGCUGCAUGGCCCUUUCCGCGUUGCCGAAAAGAUCGGAGAGCAUGCUAUAGCAGGAUCCACAUACAGCAUUUUCCCGGUGGUACAUGUGUCGAAGAUCAAACUGGUCCAAGAAUUCCCAGAUCGACCAGUAACUCGGUUGAACGGAUCAGAAGGAGAUCGAGUGGACUUCGAUGAAGCUCUCCUACCUGAAGAUAGCUGGAUCCAAGAUCGGGAUCCGGAUGAAUAUGAAGAGGAGCAAAUUUCUGACAUGAGAACUGGCAAGAGGACGAGAUACGGCCGGAUCUACCGAUAA